GAGAAAUGUAUCUUCUUUAUUCUCAUUUUUCUCAUCUCUCCUGCAUCCUAGUUAAUGGACCAUGUCUCAGAGCAUGCUCUUCCUCUCAAUAUUUCUAGUCCUAACUACACUAUCACAAUGGACAACCGCCAUCCCAGCCGUCCGCAUCCCAAAUAAACCACAUAUCUUCUCCGAAACAAAACACUACCCCUUACCAAACCUCGGCAACGUCCAAGCCCACGACCCGAAUAUCGUCGAGCUCGAUGGCAAGUUCUACCUCUUCAAGGGUGGUGUUCACGUGCCCAUCCACAAAGCAUCCAGUCUCGACGGGCCGUGGCAGAAGAUCGGGACUGUGUUGGAUGGACCUAGUGUGAUUGAGAAACAGAAUCGCACGAGGCCGUGGGCGCCUACGACUGUGCAGUGGAAGAACCGGUUCUACUGUUUUUACACAAUUAGUAAGAAUGGUGUGAGGAAUAGCGCGAUAGGUGUUGCGUCGAGUGAUUCGAUUGACCAGGGCGGGUGGACGGAUCACGGGGCGGUGAUUAAUACCGAGAAGGGUCCUCUUUCUGAUAUGUAUCCGCUGACUGUGUCGAAUGCGAUUGAUGCGUCGUUUAUCGCGGACCAGAGUACUGGGAAACCGUAUUUGUUGUGGGGAAGUUACUGGCAUGGGAUCUUUCAGUUACCGUUGGCGGAUGAUUUGUUGUCUGUUGAGGACGAGGAGAGGCUGGAUGCUAAGCAUUUGGUGUUUCUGCCUGAGCAUAAGGUUAAGCCACAGGAAGGGAGUUUUAUGACGUACCGAGAGCCGUAUUAUUAUCUUUGGUUUAGUCAUGGGAAGUGUUGUGGUUUUCAUAAAGGGUUUCCAGUUAUGGGGAGGGAAUACAGUAUUCGAGUUGGACGGUCCAAGGACGUGACGGGUCCGUUUGUCGAUAAGUCCGGGAAGAAACUCUUAGACGGUGGCGGAACUACUGUCUAUGGAUCGAACCAUGGCUUGGUUUAUGCUCCGGGGGGGAUUGGUGUGUUACCGGAGAAUAAGCAUCACCAGGACAUUAUGUAUUAUCAUUAUCUAAACACAACCAUCGGCUUCCUAAACAGCGACGCCCAAUUAGGCUGGAGCUACAUCGAAUACGACGACGGCUGGCCCGUCGCCAGAGCAAAAGCCAGCAGCGCGCCGUCUCGAGCCAACUACACCAUCAAUCUUAUGGUGCUGAUGUUCGUUUGGGUUUUGGUUUGGAUUGUGCGGUGAUGCCGUGCGUUGUCAACACCUGUAUAUUUUGUGUUAUUGAGUGGGUUUAUGGCUCUGUUGCCUUUAUGAGUGUACUGCCAUGGUGCUCAGGAUGCGUCCUUGGCGACCCCGUCAGGCACUCGCAGGAAUUAACCCGUCAGGGCAUCGCGGCGCGACUGUGUCCAUGCUGGUUCUGCAUGGAGGGCAUGCACUCCGCCAACGGUAUUGCGGGUAUGUCGCUAUGGCAUACUCACGGAGUCAUACAUUCGACGCAACGCGAUUCUCAUUCCGUCCGUCGUACCUGGUACCGAUAACCAGGGAAACCCACUAUUACCCUUGUCGCCAUAUCUGCGGCUGACAGUCGUUCCCCAUGGACGAUUAUAUUGAUGACUGUGUUUCUGUUACUCAAGCAGAUGGAAGCGGGUUGUUUUGUUUGAUGUUAGAUUCGAGAUACCCAUAGACCUGUUUAUGCACUAGUCACAUCAGGACAAGUUUGCGAC